GCAUUGUGGGACGCGGGCUAAUGGUGAAGUCAAGAUGGCGGCGGAUCUCAGGCAGAGGAAAGAGCCUGCAGUAGGAAGGCCGUGAAUGAAGUUUUGAACUGAAAAUCCGUCGUCGCCGCGCGUUUAGCCUCAACCUGCCGUGCUGUUGAAGCUGUAAUCAACCCGUGGAGGACUCGAUCCGUUCACCAAACAGCAACAGAAUUACACAAACAACUGGAGGAUAAAGUCUCGUAUGAAUCCCGACGAGAAGGAGGACUGUGAGUGUACGCCACCACAGGCCGAGACCAGCCCCGCAGGAGGACCUUAUAGAAAACACGAGGAGCCUGAAAUAGAAAACCCAGAAGCAAGCCGAAUGAAGCGAGCAGCUGCCAAACAUCUAAUAGAGCGCUACUACCACCAGUUAACAGAGGGCUGUGGGAAUGAGUCGUGCUCUAACUCAUGGUGUGCCUCGUCAGUCGGCUUCAACCGCAUGGAUAACAACGCGGCGGCGGUCAAAGCUCUGGAGCUCUACAAAGUCAACUCGAAGCUAUGUGACCCCCACCCGUCGAAGAAAGGCACUGCCUCGGCCUACCUGGAGAGCAGCGCUCACGGCAACUCCGCCUGCAGUAACAGGAAGAUGAACCAUAAAGAUGUCCACUCUGUACGGGACAAUUUUAAAGAUGUGACUUACCUGACGGAGGAGAAAGUGUAUGAGAUCUUGGACAUCUGUGGGGAGAAGGAAGACUACUCGCCUCUGAUCAGGGUAAUAGGUCGGGUGUUCUCCAGCGCAGAGGGCCUGGUGCAGAGCUUCCGAAGAUCCAAAUCUCACACUAAGGAGGAGCUCAAGUCCCUUCAAGGUAAGGAUGAGGACAAGGAUGAGGACGAGAAGGAGGCAGCCGCCUGCUCUGCUACAGCUAUGGAGGAGGAUUCCCCCGCCUCGUCUUCAUCAUCAAGGCUCGGAGAGGGCUCCUCCGGGGAAAAUGAUGUCCAGAAGCUGGCCCCCGAUGAGGUGUCCGUGGACAUCGAUGCCGUGCGGCGGGUGUACGAGCGCCUUCUGUCCAAUGAGAAGAUAGAAGCUGCCUUCCUGAAUGCCCUGGUCUACCUCUCACCCAACGUAGAGUGCGACCUGACGUACCACAACGUAUAUUCACGAGACCCCAAUUACCUGAACCUGUUUGUUAUAGUGAUGGAAAACAGCAACCUCCACAGCCCAGAGUACCUGGAGAUCGCCCUCCCACAGUUCUGCAAGGCCAUGAGCAAACUCCCGCUGGCAGCUCAGGCUAAGCUGGCGCGCUUGUGGUCGCACUACAGUGCGGAGCAGAUCCGGCGCAUGGUGGAGACCUUCCAGCAGCUCAUUACGUACAAGGUGAUCAGUAAUGAGUUCAACAGCCGCAAUCUGGUCAACGAUGACGACGCAGUGGUGGCGGCCACCAAGUGCUUGAAGAUCGUCUACUAUGCAAACGUGCUGGGCGGCGACCUCGACAUGGGGCACAACGAGGAAGAGGACGAGGAGCCAAUCCCGGAGUCCAGCGAACUCACCCUGCAGGAGCUUCUGGGCGAGGAACGGCGGAACAAGAAGGGCCCUCGGGUGGACCCGCUGGAGACAGAGUUGGGGAUCCGCACCAAUGAUUGCCGCCGGCCGCUCAUUCUCUUUGAGGAGUUUGUCAAUGAGCCUCUGAACGAGGUGCUGGAGAUGGACAAGGACUACACUUUCUUUAAGGUUGAAACUGAGAACAAGUUCUCCUUUAUGACCUGCCCUUUCAUCCUGAACGCCGUCACCAAGAACCUGGGUCUGUACUAUGACAACCGCAUCCGCAUGUACAGCGAGCGCCGCAUUACGGUGCUCUACAGCUUGGUGCAGGGGCAGCAGCUCAACCCCUACCUGAGGCUCAAAGUACGCCGAGACCACAUCAUUGAUGACGCACUGGUCAGGCUGGAAAUGAUAGCAAUGGAGAAUCCUGCAGACUUGAAGAAGCAGCUGUACGUCGAGUUUGAAGGAGAGCAAGGUGUUGAUGAAGGAGGUGUUUCCAAAGAGUUCUUUCAGCUGGUUGUGGAGGAGAUCUUCAACCCAGAUAUUGGGAUGUUCACAUACGACGAGCGCACCAAGCUGUUUUGGUUCAACGCGUCAUCGUUUGAAAACGAGGGCCAGUACACUCUGAUAGGAAUCGUUCUUGGUCUGGCCAUCUAUAACAACUGUAUCCUGGAUGUCCACUUUCCUAUGGUGGUCUACAGGAAGUUGAUGGGCAAGAAAGGAACUUUCAGAGACUUGGCUGAUGCCAACCCGGUUCUGUUCCAGAGUCUGAAGGAGCUGUUGGAGUACGAGGGCAGUGUCGAAGAGGACAUGAUGAUCACUUUCCAGAUUUCCCAGACAGAUCUGUUUGGGAACCCACUCAUGUACGAUUUAAGGGAAAAUGGGGACAAGAUUCCAGUCACAAAUGAAAACAGAAAGGAGUUUGUGGCCCAGUAUGCUGAGUACAUGCUGAACAAAAGCGUGGAGAAGCAGUUCAAAGCGUUCAGGAGAGGCUUCCACAUGGUCACCAACGAGUCACCGCUCAAAUACCUGUUCAGACCAGAGGAAAUCGAGCUCCUAAUCUGUGGAAGCAGGAACCUGGACUUCCUAGCACUUGAAGAAACAACAGAAUAUGAUGGAGGCUAUAACAGAGAUUCUCGAAUCAUCAAGGAAUUUUGGGAGACAUUGCACUCAUUUGGCGAGGAGCAGAAGCGCCUCUUCCUGCAGUUCACCACCGGCACUGACAGAGCACCUGUGGGUGGGCUGGGCAAGCUGAAGAUGAUCAUCGCCAAGAACGGCCCUGACACAGACAGGUUACCGACGUCUCACACAUGCUUUAACGUGUUGCUGCUGCCUGAGUACAGCAGCAAGGAGAAGCUGAGGGAGAGACUGCUGAAAGCCAUCACCUAUGCCAAAGGGUUUGGCAUGCUCUGAGCCCUCUGCUCCAAACACACAGCAAACGGACUCCUUCUCAGAAAGCCCAUCAAACCCUGCCUCGCCCUUCCUUUAUCAGACACAAUCUAAAAGGUGACAAAAGACAGAGCAGAGUAUGUUUCCAGGAAAAGCAAGUCAGUAAAGAAAGAGGAGAAAUAGAGUGCUCUAGUAGUUCUGCUACUGUGCCUGCAUCAUUUCACCUCAGUCAGUGUGAGCACAGAGUCCUCCUCCUGAUCAAAAUAUCCACCCCCACAUCCACAUUAUGUGAAUGUGCCGCAGCCUCCCCGUUUAUUUUUUUGUUUUUUUUAUGUACAGAGAGGAUUAUUUUCCUUAUUUAUUUUAAGGUUAAAUGGGUUAUUUUUCAUGCCUGCCUGUUGUAAUAGCUCCCCUACUUGGGGGACGGUUAAUAUUAAACUAUGUAAAUUUGGGACAAUGCAUUAACAAGUCAAUAUAUAAACCCCAUCAUUUAUUCAACAUAAAACGUGUUAAAGUAGCCCUGAUAUCUAGUCUUAGAGUAGCCUUUACUUCAAAAUAUUGUGUUCCCCACUGACGGAAGAGCUCUCGCAAAUCAUUCCACUCACAGCCAUCGGUUAUGGUUUCUACCAAGUCCAUUUUUUUUAUCAAGGUAAGCAUUUGGAAAGUUUCCUCCAAAAUGGCACAUUAUCAAAUAGCUGUUUUUUGUCCUUGGGCCUUUUUUUUUUGUUCCUCCUUUGUGGGGAGGGGGGGGGGCGCAGGUUAGACUAAAGUCUUGUCAGAGCUGUGUAAGUGCACUUAGACAUUUUCAGAAUGUUUGUUUGUUUUUUGGCCACAGGUUGCCACGAUUGUUUGAAGCAUUUUUUAUUUCCAUGUCUUCCUGUGUUGGCGAUUCUAAAUAAAAACAGUAUUUAUAUAUCAGUGCGGUUGGAACUACGAUACCGUGAUGUGCACGUUUCGGAGGAUGUGCGCGUGUAGACUGGUCACUGAUGACGGAUAGACUUAGAGCUCUUCUUGUGCCAACCUAUACAGUCAGUUGAUGGGUGAAACCCCAGUAAGCACUUUGUGUUGUAUAUUUCUGGCUUGGUCCUUUAUGAAUAGACAGCUCACACUUCUGCAUUUCUGUUCACUAUAACCCCAGAAUAUGUAGAGUCAAGAAGGCGGUGUGAUCUCAUUGUCCCUAACGAAGCUUUGGACCCAACUCUCUGGCUUUGGUUACACCCGUCGAUUUAAUACAAAAUGUAUCCUCUGACAUCGCGACAAAUAAUCUGAUCUAUUGUCUACUGUUGUCGGACACGGGGCAAAGUGAGGACAGCAGUCUUAAGCGCAAUCUUAACAAACUCGUUGUUGAGUCAGAGCUGCAAACCAGGGUCAGCCAAAUCACGAACCCAUCCUCAAAGACUGGAAGCAGGCAGAAACAAUUAAUCUAGCUCUGUAGAUCAAUAAAACCUCCAUAGCUGUCGCAUUUAAAUGUAAGGCUAGGCUAACUGCCCCCCCUCCCCGCUUCCAGUCUUUGUUCUGAGCUAAGCUAAGAUACACAUGUCCUGGACCUACGUACCUCGUGACACUGAUAAUGUCUUCUCACACUCGGGGGGGGGGGGGGGGGGGGGGUACUGUGCGUGGACACAUCACUGUGAUCAGAUUUAUUAAUUGGAUCUGUCACAUUUGGUGAGACUGGAAACAAGUGUAGCCACUGUCAAUGGAAAAGCUAAAAACACAAAUGUUUAAAAGCUCUUGUUCUGUUAAUAUGAAUUGGAAUAUGAACUGUGAAAGUAUCCCCCCCUCUCAAUAGGCAGAUCUUUGGUUGAUAGUUGAGUUGAAAUGGCUGUACUUUUAAGGACUUGAGUUAUAUCUGCAUGAUGUUCUUGCUCACACACUCAACUCACUGGUUUAAUUUUUAUUUUUAUUUUUUAAACAAAACUGGGUCUUGUUUGGUAGUUUUGGCCAUGAUUCUUUUCAACACCGUGCGUUAGGGCACGCCACACAAGUUGUCAGAAUAAUUUGAAACCACUUAUUUGAAAGUGAAAACGAAGUGGACACACCUGAAAUGCCCUUUUCACUGUCCUUUGCACUGCACACUAAAGCUAGUGAAUGUUUACCGUGCACUGUGUGUAAUCUCCUUUUUAAAGGACAUACCCCAUUUAAUAAAAAUCAUGUAUACACACACUUUUGCAAACCACAUGCCGCAUUCACUGGGCUCCAGUCAUUUCAGUACAAUAUGAAAAUCAGUUAGCAGAAACUUGAUUGACUUUUGUAAACCCAUCACACUGAACAUCAAGGCUGCAGUGCUUUUUGUUAGAUUAUCAUUCUGAUGUAAUGCAGAGUAGACUUUUCAAGCCAGGCUUUACUUUACAAAUCACUGCAGAUUUGAUGUUCAAUGUGAUGGAUUACAAAACUCAAGCAUAUUUCAAGAGUCUGCUUAUAGAUUUUCAUAUAGGAUGUAAACGAAUAAAGGCCCGUGGCUACCUUGAACGGUUAGAAAUACAUGUAUAGCAUGUAUUUGAACAUUUAAAAAGUAUACACAUGUAAACACACUGGUCCUUAAUAUGCAUUUACCUUUUCUUUAACUUCCAAAUAAGUGGUUGAGAUCAUCUGGGUAAACAACUGUGGGGGGGGGACCAUGCACACUGUUGUAAAGCGUUUUCCCCUCAUCUUUAAAUUUGGUAUUUCACGGUGUAGCAUUUGCGUCAAGGAGCUUUCAACCACAUCUCGUGGGCUUAAUCAGUAAAUGGAGCUGGCUCAGGUGUCGGCACGUGACCUAUGUGUGGUACUUAAGUACGUCAGGAGGGUCGGGCUGGCAACCUCUGUCUCCGUUUAAAGAUGGCGUUUGGCGUCAAGCACCAUCAAGACACCAGAAACGGUCUGUGAACACCAAACCACUCACAGCAUCCACUAGGAAGAGGUCAGAGGUCAUGGACCAGGAGGCAGUGGAUGAGCAUGGAAAGAUCAAGGAUCAGAGACCAUCUUUGAACAGAGACCAGAGUUACCAUCUCUCACCAAGGCCGUGGUUGAAAGCUCCUAGAGACUAUCAAGUAGACUUGAGUUAAGAUAUUUUCGUCAAGACCCAAAUUAGUAAAAUAAACCGUUUUCCUUAAACCAGGACUAUUGCAGACCUUAUUGAAAGCAACAACACAGUGAAGUAGCGAGACUUAGAUUUGAGGCGAUUCUGCAUUGAUGCACUCAAAGCCACACGGCGUCAGGGACUGCAACAGUGUGCUGGUCUGUUGUUCAGAGCAGGUGGGUGUUCUGUGUGCUCUCAUGGGCACGUCAGUUGUUGUAGGAGGUUGAAUCUGUAGCCGAAGCUGUCCUUGUGAUGUAUCUGCAGGAGGACUAACUGAAUUUAUUUUCUUUUUUGUUGAACCGCUGCUCAGCCUUGUGAGCGUCAUGGUGCCCACAACAUACCACUAAACCACUUGUGUGCUGAGUCCACAGCAGUACACAACAACAACAACAACAACAACAACAGCCCUGAGCUUUUCUUUCUGUUCUUACUACUUCAUCUUCGUGGUUUCAGCCAGACCUGGGCAAAAUUAUGUUGGAGAAUUCACUUUGAAGAGUACAAAGAGUGCCUGAAAAUGUGGAAAAACACUGGACUGUGUCACUACAGCAUACAGUAUGUUUGUGCAAUUAACAACUUAGCAGGCAUUGUGAUACCACAGUAAACAUCAAUCAUGUUGAACCCUGUGCAGGUUAAAACAAAAGUUAAGGAUUACUUACAACUGUUAUUGAGCCCAGGUAUGGUUUCAGCUGUUUAACAUUUCUCUGUACCUCUGUUUUGUAAUGCUGAAGAUGCUGCUCACCUGGACAUGUGAACGUGCUCUAGAGCCUAGUUAAGGUAAAAGGUGAAAGGUCAACCUGAUCUUGGAAAGGGAAGCAGUUUUCAUCAAUUGGUUUGACUCAACAGUUGCAUUCUAAAAGAUACAAACUGAUGAAAGGCUACAAAUAUUCAGUGUUGUGAAAACAUGCUAAAUAAAGAUGACUGCUUUUUUCCAA